AUGCCUCUCAAUUACUCCAAGUGGGAUCAGCUCGAGGUCGGGCGUUACCUUGUCAAUUCCCUUUCUGAUGAUUCUGAUAUCGAGGGACAUCCUAAUGUCGAUAAGAAGUCCCUGAUACGUUGGAAACAGCGGGACAUUCACGAGAAACGAGAGAAAAGAAGACAACAGAUCGCCUACCUUCACAGCCAAAUUGCCAUGAAUAAAGUUCUUCUUCCUCGCAUUGAAGAGAUUUACGCCGAACUUGGAUCAUCAUCGACAUCCUCCUCGUCUGCGUACUUCAAUGCUUUGGUCGAAAAACUUGAAAAGAAUCCGUCGAACGAAGGGCUCCCGGGAGCCGAUACCUCGCGUAGCGAGCAGACCUAUGAUGGCAUGAUUUUGUCCUUGUUGAAUCAAGUCGCGAAUGAGGUCAAGGAUGGCUUGAAAGACUCGAGUAUUGUGGAGAGCGAGAAGGAGGAGAAGUUGGUCAAAGGGCUAUCUGAGGGCGUUCUUCGUCAUAUCAAAGGACUGAAAGAAGCCAUCCAGAAGGAGGAGAAAGAACUCGAGACGGAGGAAAAAGAACAGAAGAAGCACAUCACCAUGGAUGACCUCCAUGAUGGCUUUGACACCCAUUACGUUCCCCCAAAGAGUACUCCGACAUCAGUUCCCACCACAAAGAUCGAGGGUACCAAGAAAACGAAGACAACAACAACCGAAUUUGAAACCCUAAACCCUCAAGCAUCUAGCUCCGCGCCUCCCCCAUCUGCCGACACUCCUGAAGAUCUGGAGGAGGAGGAAGAAUCCGUACCCGACAUGUCGCUUUCCCUUGAGGAAUUUUCCAAGCUGCCUCUUUUCGCAUAUGAGCAUUCCUUCAAGUUUAUUCAAGACCACCCAGAUGUCAUUGUACAAGGUGCCUCUGACGUGCUCCUCGUUGCCGCCUUCAGGGCUCAGAAUGGCGCUAACCCAAAAUACGCCAAGCAAUGUGUGCACCAGAGUCUUCUUCUGCAAUAUUGCGAGAAACUGGGAAAUGAUGGGGUUCGCGUAUUCUUCAGGAAAAUGAUUUCCGGAGACAAACGUGCUGAGAAGGUUUUCGUUGAGGAUGUUGAGAAGACCUAUACUCUCCUCAAGCAUCGGGUCAAAGUCAGCAACGAAGAAGAGGCCGCUGUUGGUGGAAGGGAACAAAUACAGCUUGUUCCCGAGAGCGGUGAUCAGUCGAUCUCGUUCAAUGUUCCUGACGGUCCUCCUCCGGAGGAACUCGUGUACGAGGGGCCCGAUGCCGAGUCUGUUGACAUUGAAGAAGUUCGGAAGGCCCUGCAGCUCCGAUGGGAUGUUUUCCAGUCGUUCCCGAAGAAAUUGCAGGACGCGCUGAAAGAUAACUCUCUGAACCGCGUCAACAAGGUACUUGGAGAUAUGGAGAUUCCUGAAGCAGAGGCCGUUGUCCAGCAGUUGGAUAUUGCGGGUAUCCUGAACUUUGCAGACGGGGGAAGUAUCAGAGACGAGACUGGUAAAAGCGGCCCCACUACUGCUGAUCUGGCUGAUUAAUUCUGGGAGAAAGGAGAAGUAUAUCUGCUCAUAUGUAUUCUACGUUGUGCUUUACUUGCGUAUCUAAAUGCUAUCUUUCAAUUUGCAAGUCCUCGAGAUAGAUAGAGGAUUCGGAUCCUCGGAACCCGUGACCUCGCGACCACGUCCAAAUUGGUCGAAUGUCGGGCCCAAAAGGGUAAUGCGAGCCACGGGAACAAACAUAUGCAAAGAAUAUAAAGCG